CAUCUUCUCUCUGUCCCCAUCACCUUGUUCCAGGUCACUUUCGUUCGAUAAUCCUGGAGGUGUGCAACAAAACAUCAGAAAUUCUUUACUGAGAUUAUUACACAGAUGAACAUUCAUCGUGUAGUUGAUCAACUAAACUAAAACCAACACAGUGAAAUAUCUCUAUAUUCUGAUUUUAGUAAAAGUAUGUAAGUAUGAUCAGCCAUGUGAAGUAUCAAAAUUAAACUGAAUGUUUAUUAGAUGUUAUAUUAUUAUUACUUAAGCAAUCAUCUGUAGCUAUGGGCUAUAUUAUAACUGGUUGAGGUGGAGCUACUUCCAGCUAUUAUUCUGUUUUUUCAUAUUAUCAGAUUAUCCGGUGAGAUUUAAGGGGUUAAGAUGUUUCAUGGAGCGAAACUCGAACAGCUGGGACACAGUGAGGUUCCUGUUAAACGCUGACUUUAGUGAAGGACCUGAGUCAGCAGGGCGUGCAUGCGUUGAAAGGCUUGCGGUUCAUAGUGUCUACCUUCUUCACUCUUUCUCACACACCCUGUGCGGAGCCCUACUUGCUGAUCCAGCUGAUGCGGCCCGUGCGUAAAUGGAAAGCUUUUACGCACCGCGCGCUUUCACUUCAGAAGAGGUUUAAUUGUUGUUUUUGCAUUGUCACACGCCUCGCCUGGUGCGUAAGUAGGCCUCAGACACUGGGGAUGUGCUGUGGAGAUGUAAGGGUUGCGGUAAUACCUCACUACAUAAUAGGAGGGGGGGGGGCAAGUCGUUCGCCCGGACUCUCACCGCCAACUAAACGCGAGAGGGACUCAGACAUCAAUAACAUCUCGCUCAUCAAUAAGACAUUUUGAUGGAGUUAGACUGCUUAAUUAAAUAGGUUGCCUUGAAGGUAUUAGUCUCUCUGAAUUUAUAAUAUUUAAUCUAAUGACCCCCAAUGGAGAACAUCUGAAGGAAGACUCUCCAGCAUCUCUAUCCACAGGACAGCGGCUCGGUCAGACACAGAGUAACACUUGGAGAUUUCUUAUCUUUCAGUGAUGGCUAUCAACACUGAUGCUGCCUUUGGGAAAAGCGCUCUCGGCGAGAGGGAAGUUUCCAAUCCCACCGACUUUCACGACACGGAGAAGCUGCUGAGCACCGCGACCAGUGAGCCCACCGGGCAAAGUAACAUCAAGCCGUCCGACUCCUUUUCCCUUACCAUUAGAGGGAGCGUCCAGUCCCUGGACGCGCACCAGAACGGGCACAGAUCGCCGUUAAAGUCGGGCUCCAUCGGGCAGUUGUCGGCCCCACCCAAGUCCUCAUCUCGGCUGAGCCUGGGUCCGCUGCCCUCCCCGGUGCCGCCCGGGUCCGCACCCCGGAAUUACCUCUGGCUCGCCGUGCUGUCCUGUUUCUGCCCGGCCUGGCCGCUCAACAUAUGCGCCCUGUGGUACUCAUAUGUGUCGAGGUCUGUUCUUCACACAGGAGAUGUUGUAGGAGCAAGAAAGUAUGGGCGUCUCUCUAUGUUGCUCAGCUGUCUGGCGAUGCUGCUGGGUGUGGCUGUCAUCAUCUUCAUAGUGUUUACAAUUGAGCACCAGCAGUCCAACUGAAGGAUGGAAGGAGUCUCCUUUUACUUCAUCUGAUUUAAAAUUUGCACAGAAGACAGAGGAGGAAAAAAAUUGUUUUGAAGAUGAAAAAGCACAAAACCUGAGUUGAAAACAAACUAAAGAGACUCUAACAUACAACUUAAUGCUUUUUCUGCUAUGGACGAAAGAAAGAAAAAGAAAAGAAGUCGCAGGCCGUUUCUCUUUUUCUGGUAACGCUCAUGUCCAAUAAGCCCACAAACUCAGGAACCAAAGGAGGGAAGAUGAAGGCUGCACACAGCUGUAGUGUGGGAUCAUCAGACAGCACAUUCUGUGGAAGUGUAACUACUCUUAGUCCAAACUAGUGGUGCAUUGAUUUACUCACAGAAAAUUGGAUGUCAUUAUAUUUUGCUCUUUAAAAAAAAAAAAAGGCAUGUCAUCAUUAGAUAAAGUCAAGUAAAGGCAUCAGUGCACCUCUAGUCUGUAAUGCCGCCGCUGCCUGCCCUGUUUCUCUCUCUGUUCUAUCAGGACUUUUGUGGCUAUGGGAAGAUGUAUAAACUUUCAUACACUGUUUACAAGUUUAAACUCAUGUACGUUACGUCAUAGUGUGAUAUCUUGCUUUGCGUGCUACUAUGAUAAACUCAGCAGAUUCCUGUUUGGACUUGACUUAACCGCCUGGAUCUCUACACCUUAUUAUGUUUACGAUAUACUGCAAGAUAUGAAUGGGAUUGUUCUCCCUGUAUGCACUGUUCAUGGCACUCUGAUGUUGAUGUUUAUACAUUUAUACUGUAUGACUGGUUUCCUGUGCCAUAGUUCUGCAUGUCUGAAAUAAACUUGAAUGAGCAUGACAAA